ACAGAAAACAAAGGAAAAGAUAAGGCCCCACCACCUACAUAAAAGGCUUCCUCGAGAUAUUUGGUAGGAUACAUAGUACUUUGUUUUGGUUCAAGCAAGCGAAAGAUCAUCAGCAAAAUGGGUUCUCUAAUGGCAGGAUGGGACUCUCCUGUAUCAGAUCCUAAAGCAGUAAUACGCAAAAGAAACCGAUCACUUACCAAGGAAGAGAUUGAUGCUUACUGGAGAUCAAAGAAGAAAACGGAGGAAGAGCAUCUUAAGGCUAUAUCUAGUCCAUCGGAUAGCUACAGCCAGCUGGAAACUCCAUUUGAGAAGUAUGGAAGACAGUAUAUGAGAUCAAGCUCCAUGCCUUUGCCCAAUACAAAACAGGGUUUCCUGGAUACCGACACAGAAACAAGCCUGGAGAAUAUCAUAAAGAAAAGUGGCUGGUGGACAAGGAGCAACUGGGCAUUCCUGAAUGAACCUCCUGUUCUGGAACGCCCUACCAACAGUUACACAUCACAGUUCCACAUUGCCAGCCUUGCAGCUUCGAAGCUUAACACAAAUGCUGGAAUCAGUACUUAAUCUUUAGCUCCUAAUCCUAUCUUGUGUGGGCGUAUUUGACUACCUAAUCUGUAUACUAAGAACCUUACCCUAUCAUGUGCUGGGGUGUGUGUGUGUGUGUGUGUGUGUGUUUCAGUGUGUCCUGGUCUGGAGUCUGUACAUAGUAGUACUAAAUGUAGAAGUAUAUUUUCAGAGGGAUGAAUCUGUUCCUAGUCUUUUGGCCACUUGAUAUUUCCUAAGCUUUCUGUACUGUAUAGAGAUUUGUAUAACAAGGUUUUCUUCUAGUGAUGAAUUGUUUCUAAAACAAGAAGAAUUAUGCGAAAUCUUGUCUGAUUUCAUUGUUUUUCACUGUAAUGUGCAGUAGGUCGUGCAUCAAUGUAUAAGUAACAAUCAAAGUAAAUAGAACGACUUACAUCUGGCAA